AUGGCGGAUACAACGCAAACUGGUGUUACGGAUGAUAUCGCUGAUGCUGCGAAGGCUGAAAUAGAGAAGGCUAUGAGCUUGGCUCUAAAGGGUGUUACGAAUUUAGGGGAUGAUAAAUUAGAGACAGAAAAAUCCGGGACGGAAAAUGAAGAAGACACGUCUAGAGUAGUGAAAGAAGAGGUCGUUUACAUGGAACCUAUCCAAGAUCCAUAUGGCAAAGCAAUAAAGUACCUGGAGCAACACAAUAUUCUGCAGUUAUUUCAGUCUCUAACAACAAACAUUGUGUACAGAAAGCCUGAUGAUCCAUUAGCUUACAUGAUGAAAGAAGUGAAGAAAAUGCAGAAACAAAAACAGGAAACAUAAACUAUCAUCAAUAAUUGGAAAUCUCAAGCUGAAAAAAAAAAAAAAAAUAAAAAUAGUAUCAUGACAAAGAAACUGCCAAAAUGGACCGAAGAUUAAGUGAGA